AUGAAGUUUAUUCUAGAUGGCCAAUACAUGCUAUUAGCCCUCUUCUACAACAAACCAGCUCCAAACGGCCCCAAAGGUUUGGCUCGACUCAAUGAGUCCAGGAGUCAACGAAAAGCAAUUGAGAAGUUCUGGGAGAUGAUGCGGAAAAUAUUGAAGGAAGGUUGCCACGAUUACUCUCACAGUAAUGAGAACACCCGCAAAUGGCUGGCUGCAUUGUCAUUGCAUCUCACGCCUGAGUACGCUGAGGCCGUGAGACAGGAGGAGUCGUCGUUUACCCUACUUACCGAGACAGAGCCCUCAAGAAGCCGCUUUGCUUAUUCUGAAGUCUGUAGCCCCAACAAAUCCAAGUGCAUCGUUGAAGUUGUAACGACCUCCAACAAGAUCAAAACUAGAGGCACCGCAUCAGAAGAGCUGGAGUCUGCUACCGAAAACGGCGAUACUACAGAGAUCCUGGCCGUAAAACGACGCCCAGUUGCGAAACAUGACCUGGAGAUUUUCUGCCUCAUCUUCCCCGAAUCAGCCGAAGAAAGGUGCAGAACCGUCUCGUGGGACGAAUUCGUGCAGGCCAUGAAGCAUGCGGGCUGUGUGGCCAUCAACUGCGGCGGCUCGGCCGUACGCUUCGAACUGCAGGACACAUCAGAUGAAGCAACAUCGGAGAGCAAGUCCAUCAUCUUCCAUCGCCCGCAUCCAGUCCCGAAGAUUGAUCCCAUUAUGCUGCGAUCCGAAAUUGGGAGACGACUUACACGACGCUUUGGGUGGACUAGGGAGCACUUCGUUCUCGCUGGGGUUGACGAGACAGCGGAGAAGCCAGUGCCUACUGCUGACGAUAAAUGA